AUGUUUCAAAGGUGUAUACUAAUUAAAGAACCACUCAUUUCCACAAUUGCUAUAAUAGGUAACGUAGACAAUUUGACUAACGAAGAUUUUGAAAUAAUGCAACACUAUUGUGAAAUAUUUAAGCCCUUUAAAGAAGCCACUGUUGAACUUAGUUCUAAAAAAGGCGUUUCAACUUCUAAAGUCUUAAUUAUAACUCAAAUGUUACACUCUCACAUUAAAAAUAAUAUACAGAACAUUCAACUACCACAUACAAUUCAUUUGAUGCUUUCUAAAAUGCUAACGAAAGCCGAUAAAAAGUUUGAAGGUAUUGAAAAUCAACGAGUAUUAACAGAGGCAACUUUAUUAGAUCCACGUUUAAAAAAAAAAGCAUUUGAUAACCAUAUUAUAUACCAGCGUACGUACGAUCAAAUCGUAGAAAAAAUUGGGGCAAUAAUUAAAAGGAAUAAAAAUAAUGACGAACAUAAUAUAAAUACACCAUUGAACAAUAAUGCAAUAGAAAAUGAAACAUCUGAAAUUUGGAAACACUUUGAUGCACAGGUGUCAACACCAACAUUAAGUACACCAACAUCUGAAGCUAUUGUGGAGAUCGACAGAUAUAUAAGUGAGCCGUUACUCGACAGAAAAUCAGAUCCACUUAAAUGGUGGAAUAAUAGAAGAAAUAUCUAUCCAAAUUUGUUUGAGAUGAUGUUAUUACGGUUGUGUGUGCCGUCGAGUUCUGUUCUGUGUAAACGAAUCUUUUCAAAAGCCGGAUAUACUAUUUCAGAAAGACGUAGCAGGAAUGCAGCUUCAAAGGAUAUAUGUGAUGUUUUUAUUAGUAGCGUUCAGGACCGGUUUGAGUAUAAAGAUUAUUUAUUUGCUUCUUAUUUAUUUAUAUCCCCGAAUUUUCCUUCAUAUGAAAAACAUUUUCCACAACAAUAUUUCGACAAAACAAUUGAAUCUUAUCCUGUAUUUUAUAACAAUAAACUUGAAACUGAAUUAAAAUGA